AUGUCCCUUCCAGAAGAUCAUCGAUACAAUUAUGUGGUCACAGCACAGAAACCAAGCAGCGUUCGUCACUCCGUGGUUGGGUGUUUUACUGCACCGGGGGCUGUGAACCUGAUCGUCUCGAAGUGCACGAGACUGGAGAUCAGUGUGAUCACAGCAGAUGGACUGCAGGGCGUCAUGGAUGUCCCCAUCUACGGGCGCAUCUCAGCGCUGCGCCUCUUUGCUGUGGCGGGUGAGGAGACGGAGCGCCUCUUCCUCCUCACAGAGAAGAAUCGCUUUGCGAUCCUGAAGUGUGACCCCGCCACAGGCGAGCUGCAGACCUGCGCCAAUGGCGACGCCUCGGACCGCAUCGGUCGCCCGGUCCAGUCGGGACAGAUGUGCAUCGUCAGCCCCAAGCGGGACGCCAUUGUCCUGCACCUGUAUGAUGGUCACCUCAAGAUCAUCCCGGUGAGCCCCAGCGGGGUCCUUUCCGAGGCUUACAAUGUCAGGAUCGACGAGCUGAACCUGGUUGACCUUGUGUUCCUGGACGCAGAGGACUUCGAGGGUCUGCCCACCAUCGCGGUGUUGUAUGACGAUGGAGGAGGCCACCGCCAUGCCAAGACGUACUCCCUCUCCCUCCCCAGCAGGGAACUGCUGCAGUUCCGCUGGGCGCAGGAGAACCUGGAUGCCGUGGCGAACCUGCUCAUCCCCAUCCCCGGCACCGACGGCGUCGUGGUGGUCGGCCAGAGCACCGUCUGCUUCCUGGCGCACAACGCGGUGGUGUCAGCCUCCAUUCCCUCCACCAUCGCUUAUGGUGCCGUCGACCGAGAAGGGACCAGGUUCCUGCUGGGCGACUUCAGGGGCGAGCUGCUGCUCCUGGUCCUGGAGCGGAAUGGGCCGUCCAAGAGCGUCACUGGACUCCACAUUGAGCGGCUCGGCCGCACCUCCCAGCCCAGCACCAUCUCCUACCUGGAUGCCGGCGUCGUGUACAUCGGCAGCGCAUGCGGCGACUCCCAGCUCAUCCGGUUGCAUGCCCACCCGCCAGACCCCAGCCAGCCGGACAGCUUCCUGGAGGUUCUGGACACCACCACCAACCUGGGCCCCAUCGUUGACUUCUGCGUGGUGGACCUUGACCGCCAGGGCCAGGGGCAGGUGGUCACCUGUUCCGGCGGCGCGGGGGAUGGGUCGCUGCGCAUUGUGCGCAGUGGCAUCGGGGUGCUGCCCCAGGCCACCGUGGAGUUGCCGUCCCUCAAGGGCGUCUGGAACCUGCGCAGGAGCUUUGAGGAUGAGCACGAUGCGUUCCUGGUGCUGGGAUUUGUGGAAAGCACGAGCGUGCUGGGAAUGAAUGCAGCCGAGGAGAUUGAGGAGACGCUGUGGUCCAGCAACCUGCUCGGCAGCCUGGUGGUCCAGGUGACGCCCGCUGCUGUGAAUGUGGCAGACACCCAGACGCUGCAGCGUGUCAGUCAGUGGACCCCGCCUGAGGGCAGCCACAUCAUCAUGGCCGCUGCUAAUGCAACCCAGAUGGCUGUGGUGACGGGGGUUGGCAGAGUGGUGUUGCUGGAGCUCAAGGGCUCUGCCUUGGAGGAGGCAGGCCAGCUGGCACUGGACUCUGAGAUUGCCUGCAUCGACCUCUCUCCCCUCAAAGCCGGGGCCACGGCGUCGGACUGGCUGGUCCUCGGUACGUGGAGCAUGCAUGUGCUCCUGUACUCGCUCCCGGGGCUGCAGCUCGCGACGGACGAGGCCUUGGGAGGGGAGGUCAUUCCAAGGAGCAUCCUGCUGUCUCAGUUUGAGGACUCUGCAUAUGUGUUCUGCGGCCUGGGCGACGGCCACCUGGUCAACUACCGGCUGCACGGCGACCAGCUCGGCCAGAGAAAGAAGCUGGCACUGGGAACCAAGCCCAUGAAGCUACGCGCUCUGAGGUCACGAGGCGUGCACUACGUUUUCUGUGCAUCCGACCGCCCGACCAUCAUCUAUGCCAACAAUCAGAAGCUCGUCUACUCCAAUCUCAACGAGAGCGAGGUGAACUUCAUGGUGUCAUUCCAUACCGAAGCCAUCCCACACUCGCUUGCUCUGGCCAAGGACAACGAUCUCACCAUUGGCAUCAUCGAUGAGAUCCAGAAGCUGCACAUCCAGACGGUGCCCCUGGAGGAGCAGCCCCGGCGCAUCGCGCACCAACCGGCGACGCGCACGUAUGGUGUGAUCACCACCCAAGCCACCAUGGGCAUGGUCGACGCCAAGAGCGAUUCGCUGCGCCUGAUUGAUGACCAGACAUUUGAGACCCUGGACCGGUACCAGAUGCCCGAGUCCGACAUGGCAUGCAGCCUGCUCUCCACGACCCUGGGCGAGACAGGUGCAGGCCCCUACUACAUCGUGGGCACCGCCACGACCAACCUUGCAGAGCGGGAACCGACCGAGGGACGGAUCAUGGUCUUUGAAGCAGUCGAAGGGAAGCUGCACCUGGUGUACACCCAUGAAACGAGAGGUGCUGUGUACGUCCUCCACCCCUUCCUCCACAACGACGAGACGAUGCUCGUCGCAGGAAUUAACAGCAGGGUGCAGAUGUACAGAUGGGAGGUUUCGGCCAUGAGCACCGCCAGCCUCAUGCCCCAUUGCAGCUAUGAUGGCAACGUGCUGAUCCUGUUCCUGGACUCCAGGAAGGAUCUUGUCAUCCUCGGUGACCUGAUGAAGUCGAUGCAGGUGCUGCAGUACAGUAGCGAGGAGGGGAAGCUGUUGCUGCGUGCGCGAGACUUUAGACCCAUGUGGAUGACGGCAGUGAAGGCCAUGGAUGAUGACACGUACAUUGGCGGCGAGAACUCCUGCAACAUAUUCGUUGUGCACAAGGGUGACGACGCUGCACCUGAUGAGGAGCGAACGAGGCUUGAGGUUAUUGGCCAGUACCACGUUGGCGAAUUCAUCAAUCGCUUCCAGAAAGGAUCACUGGUGAUGAAACUACCCGAUUCAGAACUCUCGCAAGCCCCGCUCAUGCUAUUUGGAACAAUCAAUGGAGUCAUUGGCCUCAUUGCAUCGCUCUCACAAGACCAAUUCCAGUUCUUGGAGCGGCUUCAGGCUGCAAUGCUCAAGGUCGUGAAAGGAGUCGGAGGGUUGGACCAUGGAGCAUGGCGCUCAUUCGUCAACACGCACACCCAGCCCACACCCGCCUGUGGUUUUGUCGACGGCGAUUUGGUUGAGCAGUUCCUGGAUCUAAGUCGCGGGGAUCAGGAGAUCGUAUGCAGUCAUCUUGGAGGAUCUGCAUCGCUCGAGCAGGUCCAGCACCUUGUCGAGGACCUGUCCAGAUUGCACUGA